AUGUCUAACAAUCUAAAGCGAGUGCUUCAUGCUGCUCACGAAGAGGCUGACAGUGUCUACUAUGGCGACGGCAGUCCAAGAUCGAGUUCCUAUGUUGGACCUGCUCUGGUAAACCCGAACAGCGACACGCCUUUAUUUGAGAUUGGGAAUUCACUGCCGGAGAUGUUCAGUAACAUCCUUCUCGGGCCAAUGGCUGGUGGUCAGAUGUCCAUUACACCACUCACGGAUCCAAACUACGACCUGGAUAGUGCCCUCAAUGAGUGGCAGGCCAUCACAGAAUCGACAAUGUCGCUUGACCCGAAACAAUUGACGCCAGAUUCAACACAAGCCAUCUCCAGAACGUCAAGUGCCACACCAGAAUCAUCUCAAUCAGCCAUCGAAUUCAAUGCCUUUGCGGUCGGCAACGGGCUCAUAUGUUACGGAAUGCUGCAUAGUGUCGAUGUCAAGUUAUUCGGUCAGAUGCAACAGGUUAACAGCACAUUACGAUCCAUGAACUCCCAGUACACGUACUUCACUCUCUAUGAGGAAAAGGACAACGUCAUUCUGCGAUUCAAAGAUGAGCCCAUGGAUUUCGGCUAUCUACGAACCGGAGUAUGUGCGGCACUCGCACCGCUGUUAUCCAAGUCAUACGUCACGUUGGAGCCUCUAGCACCCAGAGGAAGUCUCAUGGACGUCAUCGGGCGAGCAAAUAAAUCGGCCGAAGCAAUGGUCAAGGUAGACAUCAACGUAUACGGGUGCCAGGAGGCAAUGGAAGAAGUCGGAAAUGCACUCUCAAAGAGCAAGAUGUGGUUGCAGACGCCAGACCAUUCCAGACCAGGAUUCCCACUUCAUAAUCCCCAUUUCCUCCCUGUCAAAUUCCAAGGUACCCAGGUAGAAGAAAAUCAGGCUCCAAGCCAUGCUAUUGCUGACGGAACAAGAACAAGACGCCGGGAGGACCUGUUGCGGGAAAUGGUGCAAGAUGUCUAUAAGGCUGUUGAUAAGAACCGGCAUCUCGAAAGGGUCGACGGCGGGGACAGAGUCACGCAAACGCUACUUAAGCACCAGCAAGAGGCAUUAGGCUUCAUGUUGGAAAGAGAGUCGGGGGAAAUCAGCGAGCGAUACAGGCUCUGGGAGAAAUGUGAGGAAGACGGUAGACUGGUAUAUCGCCAUAGAAUUACCAGAGCAAGGCGCGAAAAUCGGCCUGAUGAGAGAGGAGGUGGCAUUCUUGCCGACGAAAUGGGCAUGGGGAAGUCAUUGUCUAUGUUGGCUCUGGUUACGAAGACGCUCAAGGACGGCAAUGACUGGGUACGACACCAGAUGGAGACUGCCGGAAGUCCUAAUACCCCAAAGCCGUCACGUUCCACUCUCGUGGUCGUCUCGUCCGCACUUCUUAUAGACAAUUGGGAAACUGAAGUAGAAAAGCAUCUAGAACCUGGUUUGACAGUGGUCAGGUAUCAUGGUGUGAACCGACCAAGGAUCAUCGAAACCAUCGUCGACUCUGAUAUUGUGAUUACUACAUAUAAUACGCUUACUACAGAGUAUCAGCUCAAAUCGGAGCCGUCACGCCUACACAAAAUUAGGUGGUAUAGAAUCAUCCUAGAUGAAGGCAAGCAGAACCACUCGAAUGUCACUUCAACCACGAAGCUUACAUAUCCCCAGCACACAUCAUCCGACGACACACAGCAAUAUUCCACCGUGCCUAACAAGCUUUCUGAUAUCGGUGCGUUAUUCUCAUUCAUUCGAGUCGAACCUUUCUCUAAACCCGGCAUAUUUCGAAAAUGGAUCGAGCUCCCUUUUGAGCAAAACAUGGAGAGCCCAACCGUCGUCAAAAACCGCCUAAUUAUGCUGUUGGAAUCGCUCUGUUUACGGCGCACAAAGGAGUUGAUCAAACUUCCCGGGCUAAAACUUCACACUCGUGUCCUGGAUUUCACAACCAACGAACGGAAACAAUACCAGAAUACGAAGAAGAUCUUGAUGCGCACAAUUCGCCAUCAAGUCGGCGAAGUUGAACAGAGCUCCAAGUUUGGAUUGUUUCAAGCAAACCUGCAAAUGCGUAUCUUUUGCAAUCACGGCACCUUUCAAAAGCCUUUCUCAUGGCACCGUGCCAGCCGACAAGACCUGUGUGAGGCUAUUGUAAGCUCUCUCGGUCAGGAUGGGGGAAUGGAAAUCUGCUGUAUGGGCUGCAAGCAACCGAUGCCGAUUCUCGGGUCCAGCCGCUGGCGCAACGGGUUCGGUCAGCAGUGUGCUCAUAUUCUGUGCUCAGAGUGUAUCAAUCUGUCAGCUGUAUCUGACACGGAAACCAGUCCACAGGAGUGUCCAAUGUGCCUCCGCCUGACAGCGAAAUGCAAUGUUGGGGAUGCAGCGAAUGGUGUCUCGAAUGUGCCUUCAUUGAACGUAUCAACGGAAUCCACGGUCGGGGAUGGUUUUGACCACUAUUUUAACGUUGAGGGGUACUCAACCAAAAUGCGAGCCGUAAUUGAGGACGUUUCCAGGGAUGUAUGGACUUCGAAGAGUAUCAUAUUUUCUUGCUGGACGAGAACCUUGUAUCUGCUUUCGAGCCAUCUCGAAAGGGCCAAAAUUCCAUACCUCCGAAUCGACGGUGAUUGCCCUCUCUCACAGCGACAGACUCGGCUGAGCCAAUUCGCUUCGGACUCAGAGUUGCCAGUACUGAUUAUGACUACUGGGACAGGCGCCUACGGAGUUUUCAUCGUUGAGCUACAGUGGAAUCCGGGGGUAGAGAAUCAAGCCAUUGCGCGAGCAAUUCGGCUCGGUCAAGGCAGGAAGGUCCUAGUAACUCGUUACAUGAUUCGGGAUACUGUCGAAGAGGAAAUGCAAUCCCAGCAACUGUGGAAGAGGCAAAUCGCAGCUGUAGGGUUUGAAGACUCGCCUGACGAAAUAACCGUGUAG